UGUGAGGAGAGGGAGAAGAGACCAGGAGGAGUGGAGAACAGAACGGAGAACAUUCAUGCACACAGCUUUAAAUUGCCUUUCAGCAUAGACACGCGGAAUGCAAACGGCGAUGCUGGAUAUGAAAAGGGACAGAAAUGCCCUUACCGGUCGUUUCAGCAAUAAUAAUAUAGCACGCGCCCUUUAUAAAAGUAACUGAUAUCGCUUAAAAACAGGGAAAGGGAACGCGGGACAGAGCAGCGGCGAACUAUGCACUGAUGAUGAUUUCUGCCAGAAAAACUCCGGAGAAGAGUCGCUACCACCUACAUUAUCUGGUGUGGCAUAACAAACACCGGCAGCUGGAGAAAGAGCUCUCAGCGCGCGAGCAGGUUGAUUUAGAAGUGUUGGACCCACGGGGUCGGACUCCUUUGCACUUGGCCGUGACACUGGCUCAUUUAGAGUGCGCCAGUCUGUUAGUCCAGCAUGGAGCCGAUGUCAGCAGAGAAAACAGAAAUGGCUGGACAGUGUUGCAGGAGGCCAUCAGCACACGUAACCCAGAGAUGGUGCGGUUGGUGCUGCGUUACCGCGACCAUCAGCGCAACACUAAGAGACUGGCAGGGAUCCCGUGCCUGCUAGAGAGACUCCGACAGGCGCAGGACUUCUACGUGGAGAUGAAAUGGGAGUUUACGAGUUGGGUUCCGCUCGUGUCUCGUAUCUGUCCGAGUGACACAUAUCGGGUAUGGAAGAGCGGUCAGUGUUUGAGGGUGGACACAACGCUCAUGGGAUUUGAGCAAAUGACCUGGCAAAGAGGCAAUCGCAGCUUCAUAUUCAAGGGUCAAGACUCCAGCGCUAUGGUAAUGGAAGUGGAUCAUGACAGACAGCUGGUGUUUUGUGAGACGCUGCCGUGCCUCUCUUCAUCUCCCACCUCGCCCUCCAACAGGCCUUGCACAACUGCUUCGAACCUUCUGGGGGCGCUGCAACCCAGCGAAGAACAGGUGGCGGCCCGUCUAUCCACUCCCGUGGUGGCCACGCAGCUAGACACAAGGAACAUCUCCUUUGAGAGGAAUAAAACGGGCAUUCUUGGCUGGCGUAGUGAGAAAACGGAGGUGGUGAAUGGGUACGAAUCAAAGGUUUACUGUGCUUCUAAUGUUGAGCUUAUCACACGAACACGUACUGACCAUCUCACCGAGCAGCACAAAACAAAACCCAAAGGCGGCAAGACUCCUCUCCAAUCCUUCCUGGGUAUCGCUGAACAGCACGUAGGGCCUAACAACGGACACACUAUGGUGACUCAGAUAUCAUGCCCUGCAACGAACCCUUUGGCCGUGACGGCUGAGGAGUACUUUAAUCCCAACAUGAGUCAGAGAGACAUCGGCCAGCCCUGUCACCUCACCACCAAAACACAAAGGUUCAAAGCCAAGAUGUGGUUGUGUGAAUCACACCCUUUAUCUCUGUCGGAGCAGGUAGCUCCUAUCAUCGACCUCAUGGCCAUCUCCAACACACUGUUCGCCAAGCUUAGGGACUUCAUCAACUUACGCCUGCCUCCUGGCUUUCCUGUCAAGAUAGAAAUUCCUAUCUACCACAUCCUGAAUGCUCGGAUCACCUUUGGGAACCUGAAUGGUUGCGAAGAGGGUGGUUUGCCCCGAGUGGAUGCUGAAGGGGACGGACAGAAGGACAGUCCCAGGACGGAGACGCCAUCUCCGGGCAGUGACUCUUCCAGCGUGUCCAGCUCCAGCUCCACACACUCAUGUCGUGGAGGAGAGAUCCCACCUUGUGUGUUUGAGGCUCCGCGAGGCUACAGCAUUUUAGGAGGGAACCAGCGAGAGAACAUUAGAGAAGAGGAGGAUGAUCUGCUGCAGUACGCCAUCCAGCAGAGCCUGAUAGAGGCUGGAUCAGAAUAUGACCAGGUGACGAUCUGGGAGGCUUUGACCAACAGUAAACCAGGAACACACACUCUGUCCUGUGACCCCAGCCGGCACGAAAGAACCCCACAGCACAAACCCCACCCAGUGGAGAGCCCUCGCAGCACACCAACCAAUAAACCACCGCGCAGCUACGACGAGCAGCUGCGUCUAGCCAUGGCGCUGUCCGCCCGUGAACAGGAAGAGGCGGAGCUGCGUCAAAGACGAGAGGAAGAGGAGCUGCAGCGUAUCAUACAGCUGUCACUCAUGGAGAAGUGAUGGGGACUAGUGGGAACCGAGAGGUGGGAGAGAAUGUCUAGAGAUCUGGAACUUACUAUGAUUGGCCGCUCCCAAACGCCCCACUCUCUUCUUCCAAAGAACUGGAUAAAAUGGGCCACUCUCUGGUCCAGUCGUUCAGAAUCACAGAGAAAUCUCUGUCUUCACUGCAAGUUUACAAACACAAAGUACUAAACUCAUGGCAAGCCACUGACUGAUCAGCACCGGUCUGGUCUCCUAAUGUGUGACUGUGCAUUUACAACUGAGACAGUCCACGCUGCGUAUCUUGGCGUCCUUUCUAAAAGCCAUCAUCUGAGCACUCGCCCCGAGUUCUCACAGACUCACCCGUCGCUGUGAGUUCUGGGGGACUUUUGUCACUUUUAUCAGUUUUAUGUUUUGAACGUACAGAACUUUAGUUUGGUUGUUAAUACACUUCAGAUUCACUGCACUUGGAUUGAGGAGCCACGAUGUCUCCAAAAACAAAGAGAGAGGGCGCUUACACACAAGAGUUCAUGCUGCAACUCCAUCAGUCUUGAUGGGAAUGCUGCAUUCAAAAAAACGUAGACGAAAACCACAAAGAUUUGCAAAAGCGACACUUCCAUUAUACAGCCAAAGUUGUUUAAUAACCAUAGUUGGUGAAUGUCUUUGCGUUAAUCGCUGAACUUUGAGGAUCUCAGACAGGAGGGUCUAUGGCACAAUCCCGUCUGUACAUUUUUUCUAGUUUGUAAGUGCCCUAAAGUUACGGCCAGAACUUUUUAAUUAUUAACCAGACUGAUAAUUCAAACACUGGACAAAUUAUUGUACGUUAAUGGUACACUUGACAGUUAAUAAGAUAGAACAAAACAAGCCAUUUUCAGGUACAUGUAGUUUAUGACUAAAUGAUUUCUUUGAAUCUGAAUCAAAUGCACAUUGCAAUAUUCAUUAUUUGUGUCCUAAAUGCACUUUUCACAAAAACAACACAUUAUUCGCAUACUACAGUGUGUGUGCUCUACUUCAAAUGGUGCUAAGUUGAUCUUUCACAUCGGGUACGUUAAUCAGUGUAAUUGUCACGACAUGCACUCAUCCGUCGGUUCAAUCACUUUCUUUCCUGGCCUUCAUUUAGUGCUUCCUUCAACAUUACCAUCAGAGCUCAUGGUCUCAUGACUGGAACACCUGCGGUAGCUAAUCAAAAGUCUAAUUGUGCUUUCAUAAGGGGUGCCAGUUCUGGCAUAAAACAUGAAAGGAUGAAUCACACACACAGAGAUAAUGCCCUGAGCGAAGACGAAAGUUUUAUUGGAGAACCUUAAAAUAGAUCUUUCUCCUUAGUCAGAUUUAUUCUGGGCCUGAGUGACGUGCCCUCAGGGUUUGAUGUUAUCAAGUGAAUCCGAAAAACAAAUUAGGAAACAUGGCCAUACUCAACAUCUGAAAAGCUUCAACGUUAAAGCACAAGGGAUUGAGCGUCAGUUUUCAAAGGAAACGGAUCUGAUGAAGGUGUCUGGAGACCGAGCUCCUGAAAAAAACACUUAGGUUUGAUCUUAUGAUCGUGCGACUAGAGAAUGCGGAGUUCAGUCGUGAAGAGAUGCUUGAUAUGACUCAAUGUUUUAGUAAAGCAUAUUAUAAGAGCACUAUUUAUAUUUAACUUUAUUUUUUUCUUUGACAACUUGGUUGAUGCUGUGGUUGUGUGGAGUGCUGCUGUUGUGUUAGUAUGUGACUCAAAUCUAUUGUACACAUUUGUAACUUAAAGGCAUUCUGAAUAAAAGAUGAUAUCUAAAUUAA